CUGCGGGAUAUAAUGAGAACAGAAAAUUCCUUUAAUCCAAUGUUAACAGGAGCCGAUUGGUGGCGAAUUAUUGGACAUUCUGGAUUAUCAAAGUUUCUCUCGGAGGUGACCGGCGGCGGUGACAGAAUGCUGGUGAAGGAGUACCGGAUCUGCAUGCCCCUCACCACAGAGGAGUACAGGAUCGGUCAGCUGUACACCAUCAGUAAGCACAGCCACCAGGAGAGCGACAGAGGCGAGGGCGUGGAGGUGAUGGAGAACCGGGCACACCAUGAUCCUGUAUAUGGAGAUGGGCAGUAUACCGAGAAGCGGGUGCACCUGUCCAGUAAAUUACCCAGCUGGGCCCGGGCCGUGGUUCCUCGGAUAUUCUAUGUGUGCGAAAAGGCCUGGAACUACUACCCCUACACGGUGACAGAAUAUACGUGCUCGUUCCUUCCGAAAUUCUCCAUCCACAUCGAAACCAGAUAUUCCGACGACUGUGGCGACAACGACAACAUAUUUUCGGCAGAUUCAGGAGACGAGGCUCACGAGGUGACUCACCUGGACAUCGCGUACGACGAAAUCCCGGAGCGGUAUUACAAGAGCAUGGAGGAUCUCAGGCAUUUUGACUCCAGUAAGACGGGGCGCGGGCCUCUCCAGGAGGGGUGGAGGAGUCACACCCGGCCCGUCAUGUGCUCCUAUAAACUGGUCAACGUCAAGUUCGAGGUGUGGGGGCUCCAGACACGGGUGGAACAGUUUGUACACAAGGUGAUUCGCGACCUGCUGAUCGUAGGACAUCGUCAGGCUUUUGCCUGGGUGGAUGAGUGGUAUGGAAUGACUAUGGAGGAGGUACGAGAGUAUGAGAAGGAGACCCAGGCGGCCACCAAUGAGAAGAUAGGCCCGGUCGCCCCCACCAUCACCAUCACGCCGGAGAGCCUCUGCCCGGCCAUUCGCAGUGCCCCAGCCACCCCCAUCACUGGCGAACCUCCAGAAUUCCUCACCCUCCCUAAGGAUAGACCUCGCAAGACUUCUGCACCAGAUACCCUCACCCUGCCAGAACUCAGAGAGAGAGCCAAUGGUCCGUCCAACAACCACUUGUCCCCUACCGAUAGCUGAAACCAACACAGCGUCUCCACUGCUGCUCCCCCACCAUAGGGAUCGCCCGUUCCCUACUGAAUGGAAACUCCGGAAUUGAUUGUCCCUUAUACUUUGUCUGAAGAAGUCAACCCUGAGAGGAGAGUACAUAACCUUCUUGGUAUUGGGUACGAGAGAGUUGGCUUCUUCACUUCGAAACUUGAAGUAUUUGGUCUGACUCUGGAGGCGGAGAUUGACCGGCACCACGUCGCCUCCCGUCUCUCUGAACUUGUACAGUUUAUAACACAGGGAAAAGGAAAAACAUGGCGGCUGACUCCAGCCUAAAACCUCCGCUCCUCGUAGCUCUACGGUGGGAUUCUUGUUGGACUGGUGAAUUAUAUAUCUUCGUCUUCAUAGAAUGUAUUGCCUCUUCCCCAAUGUAGAACCCAAUAGAAUCACCAUUGAGUAUACUGCCAAUGGUUCUACCCACUGAGGGGCCCUUCCCUGGUGUAGAACCUCAUAGAAUGAACAUUGAGUUGACUGCUAAUGAUUCUACCCAUUGAGGGGACCUUCCCCGGUGUAGAACCUCAUAGAAUGACCAUUGACUAGACUGUUGACGGUUCUACCCACUGAGGGGCCCUUCCCCAAUAUAGAACCCAAUAGAAUAACCAUUAAGUUGACUGCAAACGGUUCUACACACUGAUGGGCACUUCCCAGGAGCAGAACCUCAUAGAACGACCAUUGAGUAGACUGCUGACGGUUCUACCCACUGAGGGGCCCUUACCUGAGGUAGAAUCUCAUAGAAUGACCAUUGAGUUGAAUGCCAAUGGUUCUAGACACUGAGGGGCCCUUCCCAGGAGUAGAACCUCACAGAAUGACCAAUGAGUAGACUGCUGACGGUUCUACCCACUGAGGGGCCCUUACCUGGGGUAGAACCUCAUAGAAUGACCAUUGAGUUGACUGCCAAUGGUUCUGCACACUGAGGGGCCCUUCCCAGGAGUAGAACCUCAUAGAACAACCAUUGAGUAGACUGCUGAUGGUUCUACCCACUGAGGGGCCCUUACCUGGGGUAGAAUCUCAUAUAAUGACCAUUGAGUUGACUGCCAAUGGUUCUAGACACUGAGGGGCCCUUCCCAGGAGUAGAAACUCAUAGAACGACCAUUGAGUAGACUGCUGAUGGUUCUACCCAUUAAGGGAAAUUCAUUGGCUUAACCAUAGAUCAUCCACAGACAAUCAAGCUUGUGGUGUCCAUGCUAUUAUUUUUGUGUUGUAAUAAUAUAAGCUUAAUGUUGAUUUUAUUUGAAACUUAAAAUUUGAAUUUACUUUCAUUUUACUAUGUACCUCCGUGCAGAGACCAUAGUAUCUGCCGCCAUCGCUCCCAUUGAUUCACAUGUAUAAUGUGAUGACUUUAAUUUAUUGACUUUUCUAUUUAUUUGAUUGUUUUCUGUUUUUUUUUUAUCCGUGGGAUUAAUUAGCAAAUUAUGAAAAAUGAACAACUCGAUGUGAAGACCACGGCGCCUCCCCCCCCCCAUGGCUACUGACAAGGCCGUCGCACCUUCUUGAAAUGUUUUCCAGUCUUAUGUAAAUAAAGCUUAAUGAUUGUGUAAG